UUCAAAUUUUCAAAGAAAACGCUCUGUACUUCUCUCUCUCUCUUUCUUGCUCCGAUUCUCAAUUCUUCUGUGAAACCGUUGAAACCAUGGUGGUUGCACAGAAAGUGAAGGAAGCUGAAAUCACCGAGCAGGACUCGCUUCUUCUGACGAGGAACCUGCUCCGCAUUGCUAUAUUCAAUAUUAGCUAUAUCAGAGGCAUAUUCCCAGAGAAGUACUUCAAUGAUAAGUCUGUCCCUGCUUUAGAGAUGAAGAUCAAAAAACUCAUGCCGAUGGAUGCAGAGUCUCGCAGGCUGAUUGAUUGGAUGGAAAAAGGUGUAUACGAUGCAUUGCAGAAGAAGUAUCUGAAAACGCUUUUGUUCUGCAUUUGUGAGACGGUAGACGGACCAAUGAUUGAGGAAUACGCAUUUUCUUUCAGUUACUCAAAUUCUGAUAGCCAGGAGGUUUCAAUGACUUACAAUCGCACUGGAAACAAGAAACAAGGUGAAGCAUUCAAGUCUAACUCCGCAACUGAAGUUACUCCAAAUCAAAUGAGGAGUUCUGCUUGUAAAAUGGUUCGAACACUGGUUCAGUUGAUGAGAACUCUGGAUAUGAUGCCUGAAGAGCGUACGAUUCUGAUGAAACUCCUCUACUAUGAUGACGUAACGCCUGCGGAAUAUGAGCCUCCAUUCUUCAGAGGUUGCACAGAAGAAGAAGCGCAUCAUCCAUGGACCAAAAAUCCUUUGAAAAUGGAGGUUGGGAACGUGAAUAGCAAGCAUCUUGUAUUGGCUCUCAAGGUAAAGAGUGUGCUCGAUCCUUGUGAGGAUGAAAAUGAAUAUAUUCAAGAUGAUGAAGUGAGCUUGGGAGCUGAUUCUCUUCAAAAGGAUGACUAUUCCGAAUCUGACAGUGAGGUUAACCAUUCAGAAGAAGAUCAAUAUAUAGUUGCACCAGUCGAUAAACAUCAAAAACAGGAAGAUAACAUUGGCAUGGUUGAUGAAGAUGAUACUCAAGAUCCAGAGGAAAAUGAACAACAAUUGGCCCGGGUAAAGGACUGGAUCAACUGCGUUCACCUCGAUUCAGUUGAACUUACUGAUGUUCUCUCAAAUUUCCCAGACAUCUCAGUGGUUUUGACCGAAGAAAUCAUGGAUAAGCUGGUUAAGGAGGGUGUUCUAUCGAAAACUGGAAGGGACAGAUACACCAUUAACAAGGAAAAGAACUCUGACUAUGAAUUCACAAUGGUGAAAGAAGAAAAGGAUGGUCAAGGAAUCCCUAUUGGUGGCAAAGGUCCCCAGGUCGAAGAUCACUUGUACAUGAAGGCUCUGAAUCAUGCUCUUACAAUGAAAUAUGUUACCGUUGCAAAGCUUCAGAGCAAGCUCGAAGGAGAAGCUAACCAAUCAACUGUGCGCAAAAUAAUAACUAAAUUGGCUCAAGAUGGUUUUGUUGAAGCCAAAGGCAACCGAAGGCUAGGUAAGCGAGUGAUCUAUUCUGAAAGGACUAAGAAAAAGCUCCAAGAUAUGAAGAAAGCCUUGAACACUGAGGCUAUGGAUAUGGAUAAUAAUGAACCACAUAACAAUUCCGGCCAUGGGGAGAUCCAGACAAUAGAGAACAACUACAAUGACAUGUCCACUUGUGGUGCCCUGCGCUCGAUUGGAUCAGAUCUUACACGCAUGAGAGUGAGAUCUGACGUGAAUCAGAAUGGCCCAAUCAGGAGUAACAAUACAAUUUCAAAGACAAAGGAGCAUGGAAACACUCCCACUAGUAGGGCCCAGCCAGUUGCUUCAAGAGAGAGUUUUGUGCCAGGAUACGAGAACGGCAGAGCAAACGGAAACACAAAUUGCUGUGAUGAGGUGGAUGCACUUAUCGGCAGUAGGUCUAGUCAAGAUAGGCGAUCCAGAAAAACAAGCACGGUUAGGGAGCCUAUUCUUCAAUAUGUGAAGCGCCAGAAAUCUCAAUCCCAGGCUGCCUGAAAAGCUUUGGAAAUGUGGUGCUACUUACUAUAUUGCCUUUCUAAAUAGUUUCUUGAGUUUGCUGUUUUCCACUUAUAUAUGUGGAAUUUAUAGAAGUAACUUUUUCUAUGACCUUCGAUAAGAUAUCACAGAGCUUGACAGCUCACACAUCUCCUCGGUAGGGCGGUGGCCCAAGGAAAAAAUUAGCGUUUCUUUCUAUUUGUCUUGGCAUGAUGGUGGGUGAGCGGUAUGAAUGUCUACACAAUUAUGCAAUCUCUUGUACUGUGACUUUUGGUAUUCAAGGAUCCUUUUCAUCAUAUUGAAGCAGCCAAUAGGGCAAUGGUAUUUUAGAGAA